AUGAAACGUAGCCAGUUCAGCAAACUUUUAGAAUUCAUAAUAUUAGUUGCUAAAAUUUUGGGAAUCGUCCCAUUAUCUUUCAAUUCCACUUUUGGGUCACAAAAGAAACUUAGUCGAAUUUUGUUAAUUUUGAAACAAGUGUUGUGCUUAUGCGGAAUUAUUUUUAUAUGUUGGAUGCAAUUUUUUUAUAAUUGUAGUAAAUUUAGAUUUAACUACUUAUCAGCAACCAUUUCCAGUAUCCUGAGAACUGGGAACGAUAUAUCGAUGUGUCUUGGGACUUACUUGAUAUCAAUUUUUUAUGAAAGAAACUAUAGAAAAAUGAGUGUAAUAUUUAACAAUUUUAAUAAAAUUAUUGAGAGAAGAGUAGUAGAAAAUCGCAAGAAAAUUUCGAUUAUUGAAAAAAUAAUUUUUGGGAUGAGUAUGACAUUCUUGACAGUUAUCCUUUACAUUCAAUUUGGUCAUUACUUUAGAAACUAUAAGAAACAUAAUUUUUGUAUAUUAUUUUCAAUUUUAAGUUUAUUUACUCCAACUAUAGUUUUCUCACUAAAUGCUAUGUUAUUAAUAGAUAUUAGUAAACGAUUUAAAUUAUUAAAUACAUACUUAAAAUCUAUUAUCGUUUUGGCAUAUGACGGAUUAACAAUAGAGAGAUAUAAAGACUCAAGAAAAGUGAAUUUACUAAAAGGAACAGAAGAGUGUUCCAAAUUAUAUCAUAUGUUAAUAGCGGUGGCAAAACUGGUCAAUAAAAUUUUUGUAAUUUUUAUUGCCAUUGAUUUUAUAAUAUUUUACUGUCUUGUAAUUUUUAUAAUUUAUUAUCUAAGUGCAGAUGAUGAGACCUUUAAUGGUAUAUUUCGCUCCAAAAUAGAAAUGCAUAUAAUGCUUUUUUGGACACUUGUAACAUUUAUGAAAACUAUUACAAUCACUUAUGGAUUUAACUUAGUAGCUACAGAAGCAAACCACUUUAAUAUUAUUCUCCAUUCCAUUAAAAGUAAUUCUGCAAUUCACAAAAAUUUGGUGAUUACAAUUUCGCAUCAAUUAAAUUUCAGCAACACACAAUUUACAGUGUUUGAAAUGUUUCCUCUAAAGUGGUCCAACUUUUUUACGAUGUUAGGUAGUGCGAUGAUGUUUUCAAUUUUCUUUCUCCAGCUGAAUGGUGCCAAAAAUUCCAUUCUGUUACUUAGUUAG